GCAAAUGUCCGUUGAUCGACCCAGUGUCAGUUCUCUUCUGGCCUGUUUUGUUCGUUCCGUUUUCCAAGGAUCUUUGCUUUUGUUAUUCAUUUGUACUUUGUACUCCAAGCUGAAGGACGGGUUUUAUAGAUUGGUGUACGAUGUUGGUCAAGAAGAACCAUCUGCCGCUUGCUUGACGGACACCCUAGUCGCAAAACGUGCGUAAACACUCGGAAGCUAUUAUGUGUGGAUGGUUAUGUGUAUGCGUGGCCAGGUGCUAGUGUAUGCGUGAGGUUGAUUGUUGGCCGGCUUUCGUUCGGUGUGCUGUUGUAUUUGGCAACAUAUUCGCGCGAUGAGUAGAACAACACCAACAUCUCAACCGUAGCAAGCGGGUAGAAAAAAUAAAGGGUUAAAAAAAAUGUGUGUGAGAUUUGUGAGCAGUGAUAGUAAAGUGUACAGAUAAUCGCGCAAAGCGUAAAGCAAACUUUGCCUCACAUUCGUCGUAUUUCUGUCAGGAGCAAAAUUUACUUGCCGACGCCAUAGUUUUGUCCCGACAAGAUGUGAAUGUUUCCGGUAUAUUUGGUACAAGGCGAGUCGGUAACGCCAGCUCGCUUGAUAUUCCCGCUGCUACGGCAGAGGAAUGGUCUCACCCUCGAAGGCCAAACUUUCCAGGAUCGCCGGUCAACAGCAGCAGCAGCAGCUAACGCAGGAAGAGCAGCAACAACAGCAACAGCUUCCAUCUCAGGCAUCCCAAAGGAAAUCGAAUAACAAGGUGCAGUUGGUAAAGGGCUCGAAACCGUUAGUGUACCAUCGGUUCUAUCUCGAUAUAGAACAGCAUCAGGUCGCAACGAAGAUUGAAACAACCAUCAAACAGCUCGGCGGUUCGAUAGAGUUCUUUCUAAACAAGGACAUUACACACUUCAUAACCGACAAGUUACAGCAAGGCGAACAUCUUUCCAAUGCAAACGCUGCUGGUGAGACUGUCGAACGGAAAGACCUAUUACUACCAGCAGUAGCAUCACCGUCACCUGGUAUUACUACUGCACGCCGCUUUCCAUCGGUUCCAUCACCGGCAACUGCUACCGGUUCGUCGCUAUUGCAGCAACCGCGCCAACAGCAGCAGCAUCAGUCGCAGCGCAGUUCGCGUCAACUUCUUCAUUUGACGCACCAGCAGCAAACCCACGGUCAAUAUGUAAAUGAUUACGAAUCGGCGACCAGUCGUACAUCGUCACCAUGUCCACCACCGAUAACAUCAUCAACCAGAACAACUGCACCUUCCUCAGCAGCGGCAGCAUGCAUCACUACCAGCAGAGGUGCAGCAUCCGUGCAGAAGCAGCAGCAAGUGGUGCUGGGGCCGGAACCUGCCUCCAGCACUGCGGCGUUGGUAGGGUUUGAUGGAAAGGUUAAACCGCUCCACCUAACGUCCAACAGUCUGCCGACAGCAGCAGCAGCAGCACCACGCAGCCGUGCAGAUGCUAUGCUACAGCGUGUACGUCAGCAGCAGCAGCAACAGCAACAAACGCAGUACAGCCAACAGCCAUCCUACGGUGUGCUACACUCGUCGCCACUAAAUCCCACCACCUCGGGCCUAACGUACGGUUCCACACCGACAAAAGUCAGUACACCGUCUCCGUUUCAAUCGUCCUCGCACCAUAAGCAGUUGCCAAGUCCAAGCUACAGUCCGGCUGGUGCUGGUGUAGGCCCGCUUGGUACUGGAACGCGAACAGCUGCUGCACCCCGUCAGAACAGCCCGGUGCAGCUGGUCCGAUCCUGGGGCACCCUUAUCUGGAGUGCGGAAUAUGCGCUAAAGUUUCUGCGUAAAGUGCUCGCUUCCCUACCGAACGAGAACGGCUCGAAACGUUCCCGAAGCGGGGUAGGAAGCACGGAUGUAGCAGCAGGUGGACGACAGCAUCGACACCGGCAUCAUCAUGGAUCGUCCUCGACGCGCCCAUCGCAGCACGUGCAUCAUCUGCGCGGACCGUUCAUAAAGAUCGAGUGUCUGUCGGCACCGAGUAACUAUCGGCCCGUUUACAAAGAAUUUAAACGGUGGCCUGUGCUGUUGCGAAACGGGAAAGAUCUCGCCGGUAAAAAAAGUCCAUUUGCGGACGUAAACGAACCCACUCCCACACCGGAGCGAAAGCAGCUGGAUGAGCGAGCUGCUGGCGGGAAGGGUAACGGGCUGGAAACGGUGGUGACGCAAGCUACUGUGGAGGGUACGAGUACAAAUAGGAUGACGAGGAAGCUUUCCAGCACCAUUAGCAACGCCACUGCUGCACGAACCGGAAGUACAACGACGGGUAAAAACGCUGAAACUGUGGUAAAGAAACGGCCACAGGAAAAACCGGCCGCGGCUCCACCGAGAGACUGUGGCUAUUGUGAGAUUUGUCGCAUAGAGUACGAUUCAUUGGCCGUGCACGUACAGUCGGAAAGCCAUCAAGCGUUCGUGCAAAACGACGACAACUUUGUCUCGCUCGAUCGGUUGCUAGAUUCCUUCGGUGGUGGUGGUGGUGGUGGUGGUGAAGGUGGCGACGAUACUAGGCUGGCGGACGGAUAUGACACCGAGGAGGGUGCUGUUGCUGUUGAGGCUUUUUUUCAGCAGCUUCAAAACGCGACCCGUGUGAAACGGGUCGCUGAUGAGGAACCGUUUGAACGAAGGCGUGUUAGUGCACACCAGCCGAAAGCAUUAGCGAAAGGCAAACAGGAAAGGAAGGAACGGCAGGAAGAGAAGGAGCAGAAAGGACAGCAGAGGACAACCACAUCAACAACAACAACAACAACAACGGUGACGGUGGCGGUGACGACGACGACAACGGCCGCCGCUGACGAACUGAUCGAAAGACAAAAAACACCGAUCGGUGAUAGAACUAUUAAGGAAGAAGCAGUAGCAGAAGUGAAACAAGAACAACCGCAAACGCAACCAACAGCGCACGAGGAGGAAAGCAACGCAACAAAAGACGGAAACGAGCAGCGUUUGCUAAAAUGCAAGCAAAAGAGUAAACGCGCACAAGUGAAAAGAAAGUUUGAUGGUGAUCAUAGUGAGCGGGAGCAGUGCGAACGGCUUGACAGUGCAUUGCGGCAACGCUCAACAGCGCACGGUUCCGACGGUGACGGUGACAAGCAAGAUAGUUCCGAUUGUGGUAAUACUACGCAAGAGCUUAUAAAACUUGCCCUCAAAUCGGUGAUAGCGUCGUUCGACUGUAGUGACAGUGAGUUUCUGGAAGACGUAGAACGAACACUGGACGAUUCGGUUCGUCUCGAUGAGAGUGGUUUGCAGUGUACAGGCGACAGUGUGAAGGAACAGCAGCUGGAUAAGUGUUCGCACAAUAGCAAACUGGGUGAAAGUGAUAGUAAUAAGCGUGCUGCCAAUAGUAGUAGUAAUAAUAAUUUAACAAACCGUGAUAGUGAUAGCAAACAGCAGCAGCAGCAGCAACAGGGUCAAAGGACGACCCGUACCAGAGCGUGCAAACGGCAAACGGACGUUGUUUGUGCGGUUUCGCGCGGUGAACGCCGGAGUAGUCGUGUCGUGUUACCGGCAGCGGCGGCGGUGCCCGUAUCGUCAGCAUUCCGGGAAGUGACGGGAACAUUGGAACAUUUAACAGAGGCAAGCCGUGAAGGAAUGUUUGGGCGACGGUCAGCAAUUCAUCAUCAUCCACAUAAUCAACUGAAUCAUCAUAACCAUCAGAAGCACAAAUCAACCCUUAGCGCACUAUUGCUCAAACAGCAGCAGGAACGUGAUCAGCAGCAGCAUCUGCUGGAUCUGCAGGAACAAAACCAGAUACCAAAAUCUGCCGGCAGCGGUCCCGAGUGGGAGGAACACGAAGCGACAGAUAGUGGUACCGUCGAUCAUGCUGCCGGGAUGAAAGUAUUAACCGAGUUUCGAAAGCAGCGCGCAGACGACGAGUUGAACCCGGAUAAAACGGUGUUGUUAGUUGAACCGGUACCACGGUCAGCGGUCAUAGCAGCACCGAUCGAUGUUACAGUCGCGAACGAGAAGCUGGGCAUUUUAGAAUCAUCAGCCGUAAUAAAGCCUACCACCGUCGUGGGUAACCGGCGGAAGCGCAAUCCACGGCCGGCACAGCAAGAGGACGCAAUGGGAUUAAAAGCAUCAACGAUUGCGAUGAACAACAAACACCAUCAUCGUCAUACGCAUGUGGCGCAUCUGACCGAUGGUGUCGGUGCAACCGGUGAUGCGGUUGGCACGAAAACGCGUCACGCUACUGAGCUGGCCGCUACGCUGCUCGAGUGUGACGGGUUGGAUCCGAAGAAUACGAAACGCAUCAGCCUUGGAUUGCGGCAAAAUCCGAAACGUGCAAACCUGAACGAAGACUUUACCAGCCUGCUGGACGAAACGCUCGAACGGUCGAAAACUUCCAACAACUCUGCAGCGACAAAACGUGCUGCACAGCCCCGCGUACGGGGUCCAGCGAAGGGAAAGGAACAGACGGUCUCGAAGCAACAGUCCAGUAAGGUGAACGAUGAAAAACCGAACCGUGGCUGUGACGAGGUAGAGGAGAAGGAACAAAAGCACGACACGUUAGAGCACGAUCGGCUUACGGGUGUCACGGCAGGUGUUGCGACGAGCACAAAGCGUACGACCGGAACAAUGGUCAGCAAGAAGGCGGCCGCACUGGAGGACAUUAAGGUGCGCGGUAUACGAUGGAGAGCACCGAGUCCGACGACGCGACCGCCGGUAAAAUCCCCACUGCUGUAUAAGGUGAUCGAUCACCAAGCCGGAGAAGAGCCAAUCUCAACUUGCGAGGAACUGAACGAACGCUUGACGACAUCAUCCUCCCGGUCCGCAACAAUGGGACCGGGUUCGCAUACAUCGCGCAAAGAAUCGUCGACUGCUGUCGGUGGUGGUACUAACACACAAUCCGCUAGCAAUCAGCCACGAGCAUCUAAAUCUUCCACAACAGGAAAGCCAUCGGGUAGUUCGCCCGGCAAGAAGAAUGGACUGAUAGUGAAGAUAAGGCGCGUGCGCCAGUCCGAGCUAAGCCUGUUGAAUGAUGAGGCGGAAAAUUUCAUGUUUCCCCGAAAGGACGACAGCAGCUCGGACGAGGACACUGAUGAUGAUCGGCAAACGUCGUCGGAAGGAUUCCAUGCUGCCGGUGGUAACAAUUUCUCGAUUGAUUUAGCCAGCAGUAGCGAAGGGGACCGAGGCGUGACGACGAUAAAGAAGGAAGCGGACAGACACUCGGAAGCGGAGCAGCAACACGUAUCGCUUAGUGAGGAAAAGCAACAACAAACUGCCGGCAGUACCGGUGGUGGUAGUAGAAAGCGUAAGAAAGCGACUGCUGCAACUGCUACCAGAGCUGCCUCGCCGCUUGGUAGUGAUCAUUUGUCGUCUCCAACUACGCAAACAUCACCAUUAAAAUCCGAUGAUUCCGCAUCGGUUGGGCCGGUACUGAAGCGUGCACGGCUCGAACCGAGCGGGCGCCGGAAAGGCCAGAAACACACAGCCGACUAUGAAAAGGGUCAAGAUCCUGCCGGUAGCAGGAUGCGAUUUCCAGCGGCCCCCAUCCAGCCAAGCACCACAGUAGCAGUAACAAAAGUGUUGCCCGUAUCUUCCAACGAUCGGUUACGGCGCCGCCGCAGCCAGUCGAGCGCAUCGGAAGAUAAGGGACACGAGGAGAAGCAUGCUGAUGAAGCAGCAGAAGCAAAAGCGUCUGAUGACGAUGAGGAAGAUGUUGAAGCAGAGAAGAAGGAGGAGCAUAAGGGAAAGAGAAGGAAAGGUGGCGUGCGUGGACGACGCGUACAGAGAAAACCCGACCGGGAUGAGGAUGCGGUCACCAGCAGUACCGCCGUACCGUUGCCGACGAUUCUUUGUAUUAGCUGCGUCGCGCGAUCGUAUCGUGGACGCGGCCGUGGUCGCGGCGGUGUCGCGGGUCGUCGUGGACGCCGUGGCGGUGUAGGGCGCGGUGGCAGACGAGCAAAUCGUUUGCAGCCCGGCUCAUCGUCAUGCACGUGCCAUUUGUUGGACGCUUCGCGUAUGCCACCACCUUCCAGCAGGCGGCGUAACAACGAAUCCGUUGAACGUGCCGGUACGCCCGUGUCUCAGCGUAGCACUGGUACGCGUGCGUCCAAAACGAAAACCACUCCACCGAACGCAGCAGCACCUUCAUCGUCAUCAGCACUGGCAGCAGCAGCAUCAUCUAUUAUGGGCAGCAACAGUAUGUGUGGAAGCUACAUCAAGGGCAAGGAGGAUGGGAUGGGGGCAGUAUUUAAAUGGAUCAACUUUCGCAAGCGCUGCGAAGAGAUCGAACCGUAUCGGUUCGCGUUCGAGCGUGUGCCCUCGCUGGAACCGUGGUACGAAACGUUCCAGCGGCAGGACGACGGCACGGAAAAGGUAUACGAAUAUUUUGGCAGCACUGGCUACCGGAAAUUACCGUACGAGAUGGGUCCGUUGCCGGCCCUGGGUCAGAAUUGUUGCAUACUCAACUACAAGGUUAUCGCGAGCCGUAAAUCGAAUCGUACCGCAUCACUGCAAUCUUCUUCAUCGGUCUCAAUGGAACCUGCGUCACCGAGCGGUAGUAAGAGCAAGCCAGGAUCAAGGCUUAGUACGUCCGAGGUGCAAAACAUCACCAGCAGUGGGAGUGGCUCCAAUUCUGCUAGUGCUGUUAAUGAGCCAGAUGGGAAAAAAUCAUCCCCAUCCUCAUCACUGUCCUCGUUGCCAUUGAAAAAACGUAAGCUGCUACUGCAGGACGGUGCUGGACAUUCGGGCAGCUCGGUCAAGGCUGAUGGCACGACCGGCAUCAUCGAGGGAACAAGCCAUAGUAGCCGAAUAGCGCGGCUGAUCGCUGGUGGAAGCGAACGACCACGUAAAUCGCCCCGUGAGCACGCUUCCACACUGGCGAUACUAAGUCUGCUCCAGCAGCAGCAACACCGCAAGCGGGCAGGAACUAUCAAGAUACUUACCAGUCCAAAGAAGGCUACCACAGCGACGGCAACACAAACGACAACCCUGCACGAGCAGCUCCUGCAUCAGGACGCUGACAGCAAUGGGGAGGAGUUGAGCCGUUCCUGUUCACGUGCGAGCGAACGUGGCAGUUCGCGGGCAGGUUCGUCGACCGGUGGUAUCAAGUUCGACAGACCGCUCUUUCCGGACAGCAGCUACGUAAACAGUCGUACGUUGUGCCUAGAGUUGGAUGCAUUCCUAUCGGACGAGCUGAAACGUAUCGCAGGAGAAGGAGCACCUUCCACAUUGGAUGGUAUUGUGAAAAAAGAACUAUCCGAAUGCAUCGAGGCGGAAGAUGAGCGUGAGCUGCUGGCCGAUGGUACGUUGGUACAAAGCAAACCGGACUGUCCGACACACGAACAUCCAGCGGGAGAAAUGUUCGACGAGUUGGAUCAGGAAUUGCUUCCUCCAGCGUCGGUUGUGCAAGAAGGCAUUGCAAUCGAACGGAAUGGACUGUCCGUAAGCAAGCGUGAUCUGCUCGAUGUGUUGCAAACGGUCGGCACGGAACCACCGCUUAGUCUAAAGCUCGUUCAGCGAUGUGAGACGGUGGUAAAGAAGAUCGUUCAGUACGAUCGUAAGGAGCGAUCGAUGCUGGCUAGUGGAACGGGUUCGGGACUUGCCAUUUCAUCCGCUUCACCGGUGAUCGGUCUGCAGCUGUUUGAUAGUGGUUCGAGUCUGGCCACGUGUGGACCAGGUAGCGGUGUCGGAAGUGUCGGAGGUUCAUUUCUAAAGAAGCGCAUCAACCGUACCGGUUGGCCAACGAACAAGCGUAAGAUUGGUACGCGUACCAGGCAGCAGUCGCGGUUCAUGCUACCAGCGGCCAAAAAGUCCCUCUCGAGGGAGUCGGUAAAAAAGGAAGAACCAGAAGAAGGGGUGGAGGAAGAAGAAAUUAAGGAUGAAAUCGUUGAUGUGUCGCGACAGUGUGUGUUGAAAAGUCACGACGACGAUGAAGACACGGACGUAGAGGACGAUGAUGAGGCGGAGGAUGGUGAGGCGGGCGAAGAAGAGGAGGAGGAUGGUGGUGAGGUGGUUGUUGCCGGUAGGGAUGAGCCCGAGGACGAUGAGGAUGAUGCUGACACAAUAGUGGAGCAGAAAGUAGAAGUAAAUCCUGCUAGGUGUAUGCCCAGAAAGGACGUUGCGCAAGCAACAAUCAACGAAAAGACUGACUGUAUUCGUCGUAAACAACCGGACAGCAAGCAAGAGAAGCAAGGAAGUAUGGCGAAUCGUGCCGGACUUCGGAAAAUGGUGGAACGAAAAAGACGGAAACGUUCGUUUGGAAAGCAACACGAAACACAUAAAGCGAGUGUCUCCAAACGUGAACAUAUCAGCAAACUAUCGUGUAAGGAGCAAACGGACGAUGGUGGUGAACAAAAGAAGGAAGACCUCGAAGUAAAGGAUGCGACAAACCGGCUGAACGCGCAGGAAAGUCUCCAUGAGCAAGGCUGUGAAAAGGAACGACAUCCCAUUGCCUACGAUUCGAUGCCCACACUUCGAGCGGCGCUCAUGCGGGACAACAGUCAACUGCAGCGCAACAUGGCUUCGUCGAUGUUGCUACCGUCAUCGCCUUCGAAAUCAUCGUUCUUAAAUCCUUCUUCCAGCGCUGAGCUAUUGGAACGCGGAUCUUUACGACAAUCAACGGCCGGUUUAGCACCAGGGAGUUUGAAUCGUGGCACCGUGCCACAUUCGACAGGCCGCGAAGCACCGGCGAUGGAUUGUGAAAGUUUGUUGUGUCCUGCAUCUAGCCCUGGUUCCGGUACCGGCCCGUUGCUGGGUGCUAACUGCUGCAAAUACGUAACGAAAACCACCACCACAAUGACGCGAGUUGAUUACGACGGUGGAGGGAAUGUUACGUCCAGUGGGUUACCACCGCUAAAGCUAAAACAUUCCCGCGAAGACGUAUCCACCAACAACGAGGAAGAGGAGCAGCAACACUCACACAGGGAGGACAAUCGCCAAAAGCAAUCCGGUGCUACGAAUCGUUAUCGUGGCGCAACCGCCAGCAGUACGUUGGUUGGAUCUGCUGCACUGACGGCAACGCACGAUAGUGAUGAUAAGGAGUGUGACUCCAUCAGCUCUCGAAGCAUCUUCGUCAGCGAUGACUGUGAUACAACUUCGUCCUCGACCGCCAUAAACCCGCCAGACGAUCGACCACCUUCAACCGGUGAAUUGCCAUCCGUCUCCACUGGUCAUGCUAAUCAUCUUCAUCACACUGAACCUGUAGUUGCCACUAAUGCGCAUUCGUCUGAUGUUACUUCCCCUUCAUCGUUACCAUCAAAUCCCCGCCUGCUGUCCAAUACGAGAGUGCGACGAAAGGAAAGUUCGGGGAAUGAAGAAUCGAUUCCAAACGAAGCAGAGUCAACGCACAACAACGAACUACCGUCGGAGAAAUAUAUGCUCGUCGACGCACUUACCAAAUCUCCGCGUACACCGAGUGAAAGGAUACGCAACAAAAUGGUCAAAAAUCGGCGUGUUGCUAUCCGGAUGGAAUUGGCAACUGUUGCUAAGAAGAAGCAAGAUGCAGCGAAAACCCAUGACGACGUCGUACCGCCGUCGAAGCGCCGAAAAUCUUCCUCCUUAGGUCCGCCACUUCCACCUCCGACAGUGAUGCCACUUUCUCCUCCGCUAACAACUUCAACGUCCUCUUCAUCCUCCUCGUCGUACGGUGCAGACGAUAAGGCGCCCUUAUCACCUGUGGGCGUUGUAACAUCUGUACGGCGGAAAACGCACACGGACGAUAGAAUCAUCGGCGAAGAACUGCUACAGGACGAACAAAGUUUGCAACAUUCGUCCAGUGCCAACAGUGGCAAGGUAACCGAAAACAGUGCGGGGAUUGUUCUUACACCAUCGAAAAUAAAAACUCGCUCAUCAACGUUUGGCCAUUCGCCGCCAAAACGCACCUAUGGCGGAGCGAAACUCUCAUUGAAGAAGCUCCCGUUUGUAAGCUUGAUAAAAACAACCUUUGUGCCGGACGGAGGGACGACUGACAAAGCAUGCACGCUUGUAAAUGGUACCCAAAGUCUUUGUACGAAAAAUGCUAACAAAAGCAAUCGGCGUAGAAAGUCGGUUGAUAAGAAAACGGGUAAUAAGUCGUCGCCAUCUGUGAAAAAGGUGCUUAAGAAGAGACAAGAACCAAAGCAAAACGUUACGAUGGCUAAGAAGAAACAAAUCAAACCUGUUACGGGCGGUGUCGGUAGUAAAAGAAAUAAAAAGUUGUCUGCAAGAUCGAAAAAGAUUGGGGCGCGUAAAAAGCUACAAAAGCGCGUUGAAGAUGUUGUAAGUAGUGGCCAUUUUAACAACAACAGUGGUGCAAUUACGAACGAUGGUCUUGAACAUCAGGAGGAGGAAGAUCCGUUAGGUACUGCAAACGAGCGGGAAAAUUCGGUCGAACAGCACCAUACGGACGAGGAGCGUAAUCAUCGGCAGCAUCAUCAUCACACGACAACACGGGUACACGAUCUAAUGGAGGAACAUUUGAUUGAAGAAGAAGAAGAAGAGGAGGAGGAGGAGCUGUUGAAGAGAAAUGCAGUUGUUGAAGAGGAGGAUGAGGAAGAUUUGGAUGGAGUUGAUGAGGAAGAGCACUACGAAUUGCUCGAGCUGAUGGAAGUGGAGGAGCAAGCAGAAGAAGCAGACGAAGAAGACGAGAUGGGUGAUGUGGCCGACGAAGAAGAAGAAGAAGAGGAUGCACAUCAAGCAGAAGAGGAGGAAGAGGAGGAGGAGGAGGCGGAGGAAGAAGAAGACGCUUUGCUGACGGGUGAAGAUGAAGUAGCGGAGCGGCAGCAACGGCAGCAGAAGCGGCAGGAUGACGAGGAACGAAAGCUCAUCAUGGCCGAUCAUGACUACAGCGAUCAACACGUCGAUCCUACGCUAGCGGAUGCCGAGUUUGUUGAGGUGGAAGAGUUGGAAGAGGACGAUCUCGAGAGUGAUGAGGAAGACGAUCUCGGUGAAGAGGAGGAGGCAGAGGAGGAGCAGACGGAAGAAGACGAAGCGGAAGAUGAGGACGUUGAUGAUGAGGAUGAUGUUGAGGGUAACCCAUUAACAGCAACUCAUCCAUGUCGAGUUACUGUAGCACCUUCAGCGCUGAGCUUUGGUAAGCAGCAACGUUUGAAACUAACGUUUGCUUCCUCCUCCGGUGCUUCUUCGACGUUGGCAAUUGAUUCGGCGACAUCGACUACGGUAGCGGCCGGUACUAGCGCAUCAACAGCGGCAAAAACCUUCACCACCGCGAACUCCUCGUCUCCGACCAAAUACAGCCCUCGGAAGUUGCGGAAACCUCGUGGUCGGUGGUAUCGCGAACGAUGAGUGCGGAACAACGGUAGCAGUGUUGUGUCCAACGGCUGGAAGUAUCGCGCCCUGCUUGUGUAAGAUAUUGAACAAAAGGAAGCAACCAGCAACCGAAAUGGCCAUAGUUUCCAUUAGUAGUACUGCAAAGGGACACAGGGAAAAGAGUUCCUAGAGAGUGUGGUGGUCGAUAUUCAAAAGAUGGGUGGCGCUGCUCUCUAGUCCCCAUCGUGGUGGACACUGCUGGAUGUUGUUGUGCCUAUGAUGUGUGCGCUACGUUGUUUUUAGCUUGACAGAAAACCAAGAGGAAGCAUUCUCCACUUUAUGUUUGUUCCAUCAAAUUAAUGCCUAAUUUUGUUCAUUCAUCGUUAUUCUGUGUAAAGAAGUAUGUUUAGCUGAUUCUCAGUCGAGCUUGUAACUAGUUUCCGUAUCGGUUGCCUUUUUUUUUGUUCUACGUUAUUUUCCUUAUCGGAAGGUGUGUGUGUGCGGUCGCAUUCAAUUAGUGUAAAUGUAUUUUAAGUUAUAUUAGAUAUUAGCAUGUAGCGUCGUUUAAAAAAAGGAAAGGAAGGGAUCCACUCUGUCGGAUGAAUGCUUUCCACAGGCAAAAAAACACACAUACACAUGCAUUCAGUAGGAAAAGAAACACAUAAACACAGGAGUAUUAUGAAAGUAAUUGGAGCAGAUAGAGAGCAGAACAGGGUUCAGUGUUUGCUAACGAUAGGAAAUGUGUUAGGAGUGGAUGCAAAAAAAAAACCGAAUGUGUACAGACAAAAAAGCGAUUAAAGUUAAGUUACAAUGUGCAGCUUUUGUUGCGUGUGUACGUAGGACACCGGCGAAAAGAUAAACGGAAAGGUACGAUUCGACUGUCCUUAGUGCCAAGAAUUAGUUCGAAUCAAUGAUAAAAAAAAUUGACACAGUUUCGCCCAACGCCUGGGAAGGAGACAUGAGAUACGAGGGGUAGACAGGUCGUAAAAAUGGAAACAUUUGCAAAUGCACCAGAAUGAAGAUAGAGCAAGUACAGACAGAACGGGGAAAACGCAACUCGUAGAUCAAAGUGUUACAGAAAUGCAGGAAGUUACACAAAACGUACGUUUGUUUUGUCUUUUUUCUUUAGGUUUUUUUUUUAAAUUUUCUUUACGUUACGAUUUUCUUUUAACGUUUUAAAUUGUUGCAAUCAAACGUUUUAGGUGAUUUUAUGUUGGUUUAUUUUAAUUUCAUUUAUUUAUGCUUAGUUUUCUUAUGUAGUUUUCACUCUCGUUUGGCGUGUAGUUUUUUUUUCGUACAUCAAUCGGAUAAUUAUGUAAUGUUGAAAGUUAUCUCACUUCUUGUCUGUUUACCUUUUUCCUCUACUCUUCUACGACCAACUGCGAAGCUUUUUAAUUUUCUAGCACAAAUUUUGUUAUAGAUGAAACGCUUAAACGUUUUUGUUUUCUGCUCAAUACCAGCAUUGGGCUAGGAAUGGGCAUGUCUCACCGUCGUCGUGCAAAGUUGUGUGUAAUAAAUGGACAAAUGUACCGUUUGGAUGGGAAAUUUUGAUAGCGAUGGUAAACAUAAUUAUCCGUAAAACAAUUUGGCAUUUAAGGAUACAAUACUGGACGACGGGAAGGUGCAAAGCUUUUACCUGUCUCGAAGGGUGUUAUCAAAAUUACGAACCAAACUGAGAGAAAGCAACAUACCAUUAAUCUAAAAAUAAUAAUUAACUGUAGAAAAAGGAUGAAGUGGAAAGAGCAGGGCAAAAUUUAACACUCGAAAUGUGACAGUCUGGAAAAGAAAACAAACAAAAAAUCCAUUGUGGAAUAAAUACAAAAAUCCCGAACCGUCGACGGAUAUGGUUGAUGAAUUGAAAACAA